AUGAGCGAGGCAGCCGCGCAUCUCGCAAGUAGAAAGCUUCGCGAGGCAUUGGAUGCAAAUGGACGUGCCAGUUUCAUCGUUGCGACAGGCGCGUCUCAAUUUGACUUCCUUGCCGCACUCACUGCUGAUAAAACGAUUGAUUGGGACAACACGACGAUGUUCCAUCUCGACGAGUACAUCGGCAUUCCUGAGACGCAUCCCGCCAGUUUUCGCAAGUAUCUGCGAGAACGUCUCGUGGACAUUGUUCACCCCGGAACGAUUGACGUGGCGUUCGUCGGUAUCGGUGAGAAUGGACAUCUCGCCUUCAACGAUCCACCGGCGGAUUUUGAGACAGAGGAUCCGUAUAUUUUGGUCGAAUUGGAUGAGGCAUGCCGCCUCCAGCAGAUCCCAAAGGAUAAGGAGCUGCUGCUGUAUUUGUCACUCAAUGAAGGCAAGGGAGAUAAGAUAGAAGAUCUUUCCCCACAAGGGAACGACGCAGAACUCGUCGGAGAUGCUGAUUGGGUUGAUGGUAAAUUUGAAAAAGCCUUGGAGUUCGCUCAAGCCGGUGAGGUCAAGGCUCCUUAUAUUGAACUGAACGAAAAGAGUUUUACGGUAACGAUGUGGGUCAAACCAGCGUUGAGCGGAGGAGACCAACAGUGUGUUUUCACACAGACACAGGUUAAUGCCGUAAAUACGAGUCUUCACUACCGUAUCUACAACAAUGGUACUGUCCGUAUGGGGUUUUAUGGCAAUGAUCUUGAUGCUCCCGCUGCAGUUGAUGCUGACGAGUGGGCACAUAUCACUUUCUGGUUGGAUGUAAAAGGCAAGUCCCGAAAGAUCUACAUUGAUGGCAAGGACACAGUUGAAGACGCAGGCAAGGCUGGGAUUGAGUACCUUGGGACGGCAGGAGAUACGAUGAUCGGCUCAUGGGGUGCAACAGGUCAAAAGUUCAAUGGGGUUAUUGAUGAGGUUACGGUCUGGGAUCGGGCUUUGUCGGAAGACGAUAUUAAACAGAGCAUGGAAGACCUAAAUGCUUUCGCUGUAGAUCCCGCCGAUAAACUUGCUACCACGUGGGCAAGUGUCAAGGCAUGGCAUUAG